AUGUGGAUUGCUGAAAAAGCACUUCAAAGAGAAAAUUUAUAGACUAUUUAAUUAUUGUACAUAAUUUAUAAUUAUUAUCAUAGUAAACAUUGUUUCUUAGAAGUGAUUUUAUCCUUAUUGGCAUAUGCUUAUGAAGAUUAUGUACCUGUAACUAAUUUAGGGAGAAUUAUAUUAUCAUAUGCUGCAUAUGCUGGUUUUGUAAUGGCUUCAAUCAUUAUAAGUGCAAUUAUUUAAGCAUUUGAAUAAGAAUAUGGAGAAUAUUAAGCAUGUGUUUUACUAGAUAAAUUAAUAAUGAAAGAAAGUAUGUAUCAAGUCACAAGCAAUAUUGGAGAACAAUUUUAUUAUAUAAUGAAAUUUGAUAAAAACCCUUUUACAUACAAUAGAGUUAAAAUUAUACAAACAGAAUUGAAAGAAUUUUAAAUGUUGAAGAGACAAUAUAAAAGUAUAAUUUCUGAAAAUAUUGUAAACUUAUUUAAAAGAAGGUCAAGAGAAUCUAAUGAUAUUUUAGAGGAAUAUUAAGACAUUAUGAAAAUGUGUAAAUACCAAAAUAAAUAAAUAUAAGAAAUGCUUGAAGAACUUAUUUCAUUAUAAAAUUAUCAUUAUCAUAAUUGGUAUGAUUGA